GACGUCGCCGCGCUGUGCGGAAGCGGCGGCGGGGAAGAUGGCGGCGCCGCGAGAGCCGGGCGGGGAGGCGCCUUUCGCGCAGCGCAUCGACCCGGAGCGGGAGCCGGGGCUGAGCCCCCAGCAGCGCCUGCUCAUGGCGCAGGUGGAGCGCGCCCAGCGCCAGCGCGCUCUGCAGCGGCGGCUCCGCGGCCGUAACGCGCUGGUGGCGCUCGGCUUCGGCGCUGUGGUGCUUGGCAUCUAUGGCUACACCUUCUACUCGGUGUCGCAGGAACGGUUCCUGGACGAUCUGGAGCAGGAGGCGGAGGCGGCGCGGGCCCGGGCCCGGGCGCGGGCCGAGAGUGCAAAGAGCUGAGGGCUCGGCCCGGCCCCGGUAAACCCCAUGAGUGAGCUGCGGGCCUGGCGGGGCAGGAUGUGCCCCGAGCUUGGGGGAAUCGCCUGGCCCUGAGCACGGAGCAGCCGCCCUUGCAAGGGCCUGCACGGUGCUCGGUAUGGUCCAGGGAAGUGCACAGGAGGACUCCCCUGCAGGCAGGGCUUCCCCCCUGCAGGCAGCCACCUUUCUCCUGGAGAACAGACACCAGGGCCUUGCUCCUGGAAGGAGCGGGGAUGCCCAUUGCUUUCCACAAUAAACAUUCUGUCUGGA